AUGUUUGGCCCUGACAGAUGUGGUGCAACGAACAAGGUGCAUUUCAUCCUUCAGCACAAGAGUCCUGUCACUGGUCUUUGGGAAGAAAAGCACCUCUCAACGCCACCAAGCGUGCCCAGCGAGCGCCGAACACACCUCUACAGCCUCCUGAUUCGUCCUGACAAUACGGUAGAGGUUCGCAUUGACGGCGAGAAGACCUUCAGUGGAUCUUUGCUCCAGGAUAUGCAGCCACCUGUGAACCCGCCACAGGAGAUCGAUGAUCCCACCGACAGCAAGCCAGCUGACUGGGUGGACAACGCCAAGAUGGAUGACCCAGAGCCCUCAAAGCCUGAUGACUGGGAUGAAGACGCACCUUUCAUGAUCCCAGACCCCUCAGCUUCAAUGCCCUCGGGAUGGUUGGAAGACGAGCCUUUGAAGAUGGCGGAUCCCAAGUCCAAAAGGCCAGAUGAUUGGGAUGAUGAAGAGGACGGUGAGUGGGAAGCCCCUGUCAUUGAAAACCCCAAGUGCACUGUUGGAUGCGGAAAGUGGGAGGCUCCGAAGAUCAACAAUCCAGCCUAUAAAGGCAAGUGGUAUGCCCCAAAGAUUGACAACCCUGCAUACAUUGGCGAAUGGAAGCCCAGGCAAAUUGCCAACCCGGAGUACUUUGUGGAUGAGAGCCCAUACAAGAUUCCGACCAUUGAUUCCAUUGGCAUCGACAUUUGGACUAUGGACAAAGGAAUAAUUUUCGACAACAUUGUCGUGGAUAAGAACCCUGAGAAGGUCGUAGAAUUUGGUGAAGCGACCUUUAAGCCUCGCAGCGAGAUCGAGGACAAGUCUGCAAGCAGCGAGAGCCUUUUCAGCCAGUACUUGGAUUGGGCCCCUUAUCAAGCAAAGAUGGCGAUUUCUUCAUGCUAUUGCUUAGAGAAGCUCCCAGUCUUCAACAAUCCUGUUCCAGUGUUGAUCACCAUUGUGGCUCAGCUCGUGGCAAAGGUGGAGGGAAAGGCAAAGAUGAAAAGGCCAUUGCGCGAAUUGCGUGGCUUGGGUGAUUUGGAGCACACGCACCUGGUGAAAGGCUUGGACUUUGCUCUUCUGAACAAGGUCCGGGCGGAGCUGAAUAAACAAAAGAAGGUAGAAGAGAUCCAGAAAGCCAAGCAGCAACAGCGCAAGCCUGGUGAGAAGAAGCGCACCUUUGAGAACCGCAUUGCAAAGAACGUGUGGCUCACUGUCGUGGAUACGCUGCAUCCGCACCACAGCACCUUCAAGGAGCGCGUCCAGAGGAUGGGCAAAGCCAUCGCACAGGGCCACCGCAUUCGCAACGCUCCAAGCAUGUUUCUUCCUGGUCGCAUGGCUUAUGAGUUCGACACGGAGCUGGAGAUGGGCAAGACGGAUAUCCCGCGUAUCGUUUACAUGAGCAAGGAGGAGAUUGCUCCGAGCGAGCGAGGCAAGCUCACCUCCGGUAUGCUGCCGGAGACUGCUGUUCGAGUCCGAAAUGCCAUGCAGAAGGCAGCAGAGGAACGAAAGAAGCGCAAGGAAAAGAAUCUGGCCGCAGGCACGGCCUAUGCGGCUCAAAAGGUCGAGGUCUCCAAGUUUAAGGCCAGGGAUAGCGACAACGACAUUUUUUCUGGUGCAGGUUCCUUUGAUGCCAAUGAAUUUGUCCAGAAGGCACGUGCGGAACAAGCGGCGAAGCAAGGCCCGCAAAGUCUUCAAGAUGCAAAGGCUGCAAAGGAAGUGCCACCCAAGAAGAAGGUUGAGGCAGCCCCACCUCAAGAGAAGGACCCACGGAAGAGAAAGGCAGCAAAAAGCAGCGGCAGUGGACCGCAAGGCAUGGGAAAUCCAGGCAAUGAUGCCUAUGAUGAGCUUUUCCCCAAUGCCAUGAUGGGUGGUGCUAUGAUGACCACUCAUAGCGAUGACAGCGAUGAGGAUGAGGCGAAGAAAAAGAAAGAUAAGAAAGGGGCUGACAAGAAGAAGGUGAAUGAGGACACUGUAACAGCCAACAAGAAGAGUGCAGCAGCAGAAGCCAAAAAGAGGAAGAUGACAGAAAACCAGCAAUGGCAGAAGAUCGACAACAUGAUCAAAAAGGGAAAAGUGAGCUCGAUGGAGUCGAUGGAGCAGCAAGCCUCCAAGAAGACCGGGAAAACCAGCCACCUUGCAACACCAGCUUUCUUCUGA